UCCCUAGUGAGUCCCUGUUAUAAUAAGCUCCACUCUUCUGGGGAGAUGCUCCACUAGAUUUUGGAGUGUGUUAGUUGAGAUUGUUGUGAGAUUCAUUCAGCCACAAGGGUGUUAAUAACGUCAGGAACUGCACAAGUAACAUUCGGUGCAAGAUCUCAGCGCUGGAUCAGGAGGAGCAUCCUGACAUCCUGAUCCUCUUCAUCCUUACUUACUGUAAAUCCUGCUUUCCAUCUGGAAUCCUUGAUUCCUUUCUUUCGCCAUUAUAUACUUCCUUUCCUCCUCCACUUCUUUCAUUUCUCCCUCCUUUCUACCUUCCAUCCUUCCUUCCUUCCUCUUUCUCUUGUUUCCUUCCUUCAUCACUUCUUUCCUUAGUUUCUCCCUAAUUUCUUUCGUUCUUUCUCACCAUACAAUACAAAGCAUUCCACAUCCAUUCCACAUGGAGCACCAAUUGGCUCCUAUAAUAACCUGGGAAGAUGUUUCAUUUUUGUGAAGAUUCAUUCAGUCACAAGGGUGUUAGUACAGUCAGGUUCUGGUGUAGGUGAGAAGGUGAGAAGGUCCUGGUGUGCAGUCAGCGUUCACAUUCAUCCAAAAGGUGUUUGAUAGGGUUUAUAGCAGGAAACUCAUAAUCUUCCUGUCUAACCCAUGGAAAGCAGAUCUUCAUGGAGCACAGGGGAAUUAUCAUGCUGGAACAGGUUUGGGUCUCCUCGUUCACGUGAAGGGAAAAUGUUAUGCUUCCACACCUGUUCAACUGUGUGCCUCCAAUACAUGAGAGAAGAAACACAUCAGGAUUCAUACUGUAGUUCUCCUGACAGGACGGGGUGGUGGGGUCGAGCCUCGAGUCUCUCUCUCCCUCUCUCUCUCUCUCUCUCUCUCUCUCGCUCUCGCUCUCUCUCUCUCAGAGACAGAGCGGGUGUGUGUCCUGCACCAUGGCGAUCGCUCACGUCGCUACAGAGUACGUGUUUGCAGAUUUUCUGCUGAAGGAACCCAGUGAGGGAAAAUACAGAGGCGUGCGUCUAGACCUGACUGCCGACAAACUCGUCACCUUCAUCGCGGUGGGACUUCCCCUGCUCCUUAUCUCCCUCGCGUUCGCUCAGGAAGUGUCUGUGGGUUCACAGAUUAGCUGCUUUCCACCGACCGGCUUCAGCCUGCGCCAGGCCGCCUUCGUCGACUCCUUCUGCUGGGUUGUCACUGAAAGCCAGACUACAGAGGAUGGCUCCCCCCUGUGGUUACACAAGGUAACGCACUGUCAAAUCUCAAACACCAAGUAUUAUAUUUACAUCCCCGAAUGUCCUGAAACAUUACACUUUCUCUGCUCCCAGUUUUUUCCUUACAUCCUGCUGCUGUUGGCCAUCCUGGUGUAUGUUCCUGCUCUGUUCUGGCGCUUCACCGCUGCUCCUCAACUCUCCUCAGACCUCAGCUUCAUUAUGGAGGAGCUGGAUCGCUGUUACAACAGGGCCAUCCAGCACGCCAAGAACAUUGCGUCCAGCAAGCCUGAGGCCAAGGACUCCCAAGAGGAUUCCCAUAGCUUUCUGGAAGUGACAGAAGGCUGUUUUAAAUACCCUCUGGUGGAACAGUAUUUAAGAACCAAGUGCUGGACACGGUCCAUGGCGUGGAAGUACCUGCUGUGUCGGGUUCUCACUCUGCUCACGCUGCUGCUGGCGUGCAUCUAUCUGCUCUACUACAUCUGCCUGGUGUCUCUGAGCGACCAGUUUUCUUGCUACUUACAAACCAGUGUGGUCCUGAAUGAGAGCACGCUCCCGCCGGUGCAGUGUAAGCUGGUGGCCAUGGGUGUAUUCCGCCUGCUCAGCUGCAUUAACGUCGUGGUGUACCUGCUGCUCAUUCCCGUGGUGAUCGCUGCAGCGCUCCGUCCUGCAUGGCCGAGCCACCAAAACCAUCUGCUUCACCCCUACAGGCUGCUCCCGGCCUUCAGCAGCUCCCAGGGGCUGCACGAACACUCUCGGCGCUACGACGACCUCAGCAUCUACCUGCUGUUCCUGGAGGAGAACCUGAGCGAGCUGAAGAGUUACAAAUGCCUGCAGGUCUUAGAGCUGCUGAAAGACAACGAGAAUGAGAAGCUCGACACCAUGUGCAUCCUGAGGACUCUCGGGCAAGUCAGGACCGAUUUGGUGGACAGGAGGUUAUCGUCCGAGGUGGAUGGCGGCGAUCAGUUGGCUCACAGUAAGGAGGGCGCAGAGGUGCCACAGAUUAAGGAUGUUUCCGCCGUACUGAUACAGGAUGGGCAACAGAGGGAAUCCAGCUGCAGCUGUGGGAAGGAUGUGAGACAGAGAAAUGUCUGAGAGAGAGUGAGUGAGUGAACGAGUGAAUGAAUAAAUGAAAAUGUGCCCUGAAUGUAUGCAGGAGCCUUCAGUAUCUACUGUUCAUUGCAAUUUGGGUGUCUGUUUGAGCGAACGAACGAAUGAAUGAAUGAACGGAAGUGUGCCCAUGUUUUACACUUUUUGCUAUAGAAAGGAGUGAAUGUAUGCAUGAGUCUUCAGUAUAUACUCAUUUAUUGCAGCUUGGGUCUGUAAGAAAGCGACAGAGAGAGAAAUAGAGAGAGAAAGAGAGCGAAUAAAUGAAUAAGAGAGUAGAAGAGAUACAGAGAGAGAGAGAAUCUACCCCACCACUCUUUCCUGUACAGAAGUGUGGAUGUUCUGAGCUGAAUGAUCCUGUUUAAUAAAGCAUGAGGGGGUCAGUGUUCAGAUUAGAGGCAGUACAGAGACUCUGUAUACUACAGAUUACUGCAUGAUGAUCAUCAUGAAAUAUUCAGUGCAUUUACAUUAACCCUCAGAUUCAUGACCUGUGUGUGUGUGUGUGUGUGUGUGUGUGUGUGUGUGUGUGUGUGUGUGUGUUAGAGACCAUUACAGAAACCUUCAGUAUGAACACUAACACUUAACACUCAUCAUGACUCCAGGUCCAAGGGCUAACACACGUAUUUGUUACUGUAUUAUUGUAUUGUAUCUUCAUAGUAACCAUAGUUACACACACAAACACACAAACACCUUUUAAUAUUUUCACUAAUGGAUUGUUUUUUGUUAACAGUGUUUUUAGAUCGAAAAUAUUAUUUGGAUGAUUUGAAUUUUUCCUCCUGUAUUUCUUAUCAGCAAUAUUUAUUUUUUAACAUUUCUUUUAAUUAAUUUUACUUUACAAUUUUUGUUAUGUUUAUUACAACGAUGAUUAUUAUUUGUUUGUUUAUUAUAUUAUUUAUUGAUUGGGUUUUUUAUUAUUUUUAUUUACAUUUAAUUUAUUGAUUUUUAAAUAUUUGUAAUGACUCUGAGGUUAUUUUACUGCAAUGUUAAUAAACGUGUUUAUACUGCGU